AUGACUCGAAAUUUUAUUCCGGCAGUGCUGGCCAUUGGGAUGGGCGUUUUCACAGGAUACUACACCUUCCAGCCCGCAUUGAAAGACCUACAGCAUGACAAGAACUUCUCGAAAGACGACCUGAAACCCAGACAGCACCAGCAGGAAUCAACAAAGAAAGAAGCACCGGCUUCUACAACAUCUGGCCUCGUGGACGAUUCCAAUACUUCCGGGAAAUAG